GUCUCUGGUCUGGGAGUGGGGCAACAAGUGUAUAACUUUUUGUUUGAAUGAUUUGGUUAUGUAGCUUUGAGCUGUCACAUUUCAUUUAUUGAUUAAUCCUUCACCUCAGAAUGUUGAACGAAGAUACCCUCGCCAGCGAAUUAGGCAGAGGGGAAAACGGGGAGGACGAUGGGGAUUGGAAUUCGCAAAUACUUUACUCUGAUGCUGCCAAAUAUUGGGAGAAUGUGCCAGCGACCGUCGACGGCAUGCUGGGAGGGUAUGGGUUCAUCUCUCAUACAGAUAUCGGCGGCUCUCAGGCAUUUCUGAAGUCUCUCUUGAAGCUGAAAAAUCCACCCCUUACGAAUUAUGUCGUGGACUGUGGUAGUGGUAUUGGGAGGAUAACGAAAAAUCUGCUGGUUAAACAUUUUAAACGAGUCGACCUGGUUGAACAGAACAGCAAAUUUUUGGAGGCCGCCAAGGAAUCACUGUCAAGUUGCUCAACAAAAAUUGGGGAAUAUUAUCCUGUAGGUUUGCAGGAUUUUGUCCCUGAGACAGGAAAGUACGACGUCAUCUGGUGUCAGUGGGUGCUGGGACAUCUUCCAGAUAACGAUUUAGUUGACUUUUUCCACAGAUGCAUAAAAGGUUUAAAAAAAAACGGAGUUUUAAUAGUCAAAGAAAAUGUGACGAGUUCGGAUCACGUCGAAGUCGACAGUGAGGAUUCGUCUGUAACGAGGCCCUAUGAAAAUUUCCAGUCAUUAUUUAAGAAAGCUCAUCUCGAGUGUAUCAAGGUGCAGAAGCAGCUCCACAUGCCCAGGGGAUUCUACCCAGUGUUCACAUUCGCCCUAAGGAAUUUAAAAAAGCCACCACUUAUAUCUUCAGAGUCUGAAUGAAUACGAAAUAUAGAGAUCUAUUGGCGUUCGUCCAAAGAAAAACAUUUGAGUAUCGAAAAAGUAUUGUUAGUUUUUUAUUUUGGUCGUAUUUUUUCGUACAUAAAAUGUUGAUUCAAG